AUGACAAAUGAGAGUUUCCAAUUGUUACGAAAGAAUCGAGGAGGUUUAUUAUCAUUCAACAAUUUUUUGUCAACAAGUGGGAAUGAACUUGUUUCACGACAGUAUGCUGAAUCUUGUCUAGGGAAUCCGGAAACUCAGGCUGUCUUAUUUAAAAUUCAAAUCGAUGCAUCUUUACGAUCGAGUCCAUUGGCUGCAGUUGGACAUUUGAGCCAUUUCGGAUUCGGAGAAGAUGAAAUUAUUUUUACAAUACAUACCGUAUUUCGUAUUCAAGAAAUCGAUCAGCUCGAUAGUGGAGUUUGGCAAGUACAAUUACGUCUAACGGAUGAUAAUGACGAACAAUUGACUCAGCUUAAAAAUAACAUUUAUCAAAAAUUGGUAGGAAGAACGGACUUUCAUCGACUGGGUCAGCUAAUUGUACGAAUGGGUGAAUAUGAUCAGGCUUUAAAUUUAUACCAAACAAUGAUAAAUAAAACACCUGAUCAUGAAAUGGUAGAACUCGCUUUUCUAUACGGUCAACUUGGCACUAUUUUUCUUCUCAAAGAAGAUAUUGAACAAAGUCUUUUUAAUCUGGAAAAAGCAAAGCAUAUUUAUUUAAAUUUUAUUGACAAAAAUCAUAUUGAACUGGCAGCUACCUAUCUAAAUAUAGGACACAUUUUUCUGUUGAAAGAAGAUUUCGACACAGCUUUAAAGUAUUUUUAUCGUUCACUUACUAUCGAGUUAAACCAACCUCAAAUAGAUGAAGCUAGUAUAGCAACUGUAUACAAUAAUAUCGGUGUUGCUCUCCAUCGACGAAAUCAACUCGACGAGGCACUUACAAAUUAUAAUCAAGCAUUAGACCUGCGCCUAAAGCUUCUUCCAGCUUACCAUCCUGAUUUAGGCGAGUGCUAUUCCAACAUUGCUGGUAUUUAUAAAGUCAAAGAAGAUUAUGCUACUGCACUAACGUACAUGGAAAAAGCACUUGUCAUAGAGAAACGAACACUUCCACCAACGCAUCAAUCAUUGGCCAUAUCAUACUAUAACAAGGCUCGACUUCUAGAACUUAUGCAUCGCUAUAAUGAGGCAGUUAUUUAUGCCGAAAAAGCAGUUCAGAUUGUUCGAAACAUAUUUUCGCCAGGACACUCUCGACUGAAUAUGUAUGAAACAUGCUUAGGUCGUGUGUUACAACAAUCGAGCGAGUAA